AUGAAGGUUGUGUUUCUCUUCUCUUCUCAUCGCAUACAUACACAGAGCCGUUUCGUGUAUGUAGAGCUCGUAACGAUCCUAGCGCUAGUCGCCGCUUGUGUGCUCGAAGUGAUCGAGCGAGUUGUCAAAGUCACCUUACUCGACAGUGCGUUCGAGCUCCCCGUCGAGAUCGGUGCCGCCGUAACCAUCGCCAUCAACAUCAAUGCUACCAGCAAGACACGAUUGGCUCUUGACCGCCUUGCCAUCUUGGGAUUUUCUUCCACUGAAGCUGAUAUCGUCGAUGAUGGCUGUUCUUUGGCCGAUGGCGGGUGUGAUGGAGGAGAAGAAGCGCUUUGGUGGGCGUCUUCAGGAAAUGAGUUUGUGGAUGUGAGACGGACCACGAUCCUGGCAGAGCCUCAAGGAACUGAGAAUCAUCGACAAGUAUACAGUUGUGCGCCGCGGAAUUGGAAUUCGAUCUCCACCCCACAAUUCCGAUCCGAGGCGGAGAGAUCUCAUCGUUCCCUGACGUCAGACAGUGCCGAAGGCCAGAGGUAG